CUCACUCGACUGAGUGGGACAACGUACUCCAACAUGGCGACCAUCAUGAGAGCGAGUCGGCUGCUCGUAGCUACCGACGUUUUGCGGCAGGGAAGGAAUACUGGCAGGUGGUUUAAAAUUAAUUCUCAAUCAUCAUGCAGACAGCUGUCAGAUGUUGCUACGAUGCCAAUCAGCAAGGUGCUCAUUGCAAACCGUGGGGAGAUUGCCUGCCGAGUCAUACGCUCAGCUCGCAAACUGGGCAUCAAGACGGUAGCAGUCUACAGUGACGCUGACAAGCAUUCUAUGCAUGUGGCAAUGGCAGAUGAGGCUUACCACAUCGGUCCAGCCGCAUCCCAGCUCAGCUACCUCAACAAGCAGAAGAUUCUCCAAGUCGCUAAAUCCUCCGGUGCUCAGGCCAUCCAUCCUGGCUAUGGCUUCCUCUCAGAGAAUACAGAGUUUGCCGAUCUCUGUGACAAAGAGGGGGUGAUUUUUGUCGGGCCUCCGUCUUCGGCUAUCAGGGAUAUGGGCAUCAAGAGCACAUCCAAGUCUAUCAUGUCAGCCGCUGGAGUGCCAAUCAUCGAGGGUUACCAUGGCACAGACCAAUCAGAUGACAGAUUGAGGGCGGAGUCAGAGAAGAUUGGUUACCCGGUCAUGCUGAAGGCGGUCCGAGGAGGCGGUGGUAAGGGAAUGCGUAUUGUGAUGACAGCGGCCGAUUUCGACGAAGCCCUUGAAUCAGCUCGGAGAGAGGCUCUGAAGUCGUUUGACGAUGACGUCAUGCUCGUGGAAAAAUUUGUAGAUACGCCCAGGCACGUUGAGGUUCAGGUGUUUGGGGACAGACAUGGCAACUAUGUCUACCUGUUUGAGAGAGACUGCAGCGUCCAGAGGAGACACCAGAAAAUCAUUGAGGAAGCACCCGCACCCGGUUUGUCUGAGGAGGUCAGGAGGAGUAUUGGCGAGGCAGCGGUCAGGGCAGCUAGGGCCGUCAACUACGUGGGAGCAGGCACGGUUGAGUUCAUCAUGGACAGCCAGCAGAAUUUUUACUUCAUGGAGAUGAACACGAGAUUGCAGGUCGAGCACCCAGUCACUGAGAUGGUCACCAACACCGACCUGGUGGAAUGGCAACUAAAGGUAGCGGGCGGAGACCCUCUCCCCGUGACCCAGUCUGAUCUCCGUCUUCACGGCCACGCCUUUGAGGCCAGGAUCUAUGCCGAAGACCCUGAUAAUAACUUCUUGCCUGGUGCCGGACCCCUGGUCCACCUCUCGCCUCCCUCAGGAGACCAGACUAUCAGGAUAGAGACUGGAGUCAGACAAGGUGAUGAAGUGACUACAUUUUACGAUCCUAUGAUUGCCAAGCUGGUCGUGUGGUCUGCAGACAGAACGAGUGCCUUGGAAAAACUCAGGCAUGCACUCAGGGAAUAUCACAUUGUCGGUCUCAAAACAAACAUCAGAUUUCUUGACGAUCUCGCAAAGCACCCAGAAUUUAUCAAAGCUAAUGUGCACACGGGCUUCAUACCACUCUACGAGGACCAGCUAUUCAGCAGGAAGGGCCCCCUCAAUAGGCAGACACUAUGCCAAGCCGCGACAGCACUCGUACUAUUUGAACAGUACAAAGGGCAGAAAGAAGCAGUCGACAGUGGAGAUCCCUUCUCCCCUUUCUCCAUGGGAAGCGGUGCCCGAGUCAACGAGAAUUUUAUACGACGGGUCGCCUUCACGGACAAAGAUGACAACAUUGACGUGACAGUGAGGUACCAGUCAGAUGGCAGCUAUGUAGUGCAGAUCGGGGACGAGUCGUUUGAUGUUCAGGCUACACUCACGCAGAUUGAGGAUAACACGGCACAGCUAGUAAGCACAAUCAACGGGAUCAAGGCAGACACCAAAGUCGUCAUGCACGAGGGCGCUGUUCAUAUAUUCGCAGAGGUUGGUGGAGUGGAAGUCACCAGGCCUGUCCCAGAAUUCCUUGGUGAUUCCAGCUCGGGUACGAUGGGUGACCGCGCCCCGAUGCAGGGAGAUAUCACCCACAUCUACGUGGAUCCAGGGGCCGCCAUUGAGAAAGGCGACCCACUACUGGCUCUGGAGUCUAUGAAAAUGGAGUACGUUAUCCGAGCCCCUAAGAAAGGCAUCAUCGAACGAGUCUUGGUUGCCAAGGGAGACAACGUCCAGAAGAACGCACCCUUGGUGGUUUAUCAAGAACAAAAAUAAACAGACGUCAAAGGUACAAUUCCUGACCAAAGCGUCUCAUCAUGGAAAGUCUCACCAAAUGUAAUAAUGUUUGUUGUGGUCCUUUCCUUCAAUCUCAAUCUGAGAACCAUAAUAUACAAGCCUGGAAUGCAGAACAAUCCCCACAAUUUCACUUAAAUUUCAACAUCUUUGACUACUGCAUUGGUUUUUGUUCAGCUGAUCUGAAACCAUUUUCAGUAUUUUUGAACAAUUGUAAUGUGCAUAGAGAGCAACAAAGAUUAUUUAUAACAAUCUUGUUUUAGAUAUGACCUCAUUGAUAUGUUAUCAUGUAAAUUACAAAUUGCUGUCGUUUUAAGAAAUAAUACCAAUAAAUUAUAUGUACAUGUACACUA